AUGAGUAAUACCGAUUUCCUCGGCCGAGCCAUUGACACGGUAAAAAAGGCCAUCGAACACGACAAUGCCGGCGAGUACGAAAAGGCUUAUCAAGGCUACUACGCCGCGCUGGAGUUAUUCAUGCUCGCCCUCAAAUGGGAGAAGAACCCCAAGUCGAAGGAGAUGAUUCGAGCCAAGACGGGCGAAUAUAUGGAUCGUGCAGAGAAGCUGAAGAAUCAUUUGGCGAAUGGAGACAAUAAGAAGAAACCCAGUGCAGUCGGCGCGAAUGGAAAAGUGGCGAAUGGUAGUGGGAAAGGAAAAGACGAUGACGACGGCGAAGACGCAGAAGCCAAAAAACUACGCGGUGCUUUACAAGGGGCCAUCUUGUCGGAAAAGCCCAACGUCCGAUGGGAAGAUGUUGCCGGUCUAGAAAAUGCAAAGGAGGCGCUUAAAGAGGCAGUUAUAUUACCGAUAAAAUUCCCCCAUCUGUUCACUGGCAAGCGGCAACCGUGGAAGGGUAUAUUGAUGUAUGGACCUCCUGGAACGGGAAAGUCGUAUCUCGCAAAAGCCGUCGCUACGGAGGCAAACAGUACAUUUUUCAGCGUCAGCAGUAGUGACUUGGUCUCGAAAUGGAUGGGUGAAAGUGAAAGACUUGUCAAGCAGUUAUUUAAUAUGGCUAGAGAAAAUAAGCCAGCUAUCAUCUUCAUUGACGAAGUUGACGCUUUAUGUGGACCGCGUGGAGAAGGUGAAUCCGAGGCAUCUCGACGUAUCAAGACAGAACUGCUCGUUCAGAUGGACGGAGUUGGCAAGGAUUCAAGAGGCGUUUUGAUUUUAGGCGCAACAAAUAUUCCAUGGCAGCUGGAUGCCGCCAUUCGACGACGUUUCCAGCGGAGGAUUCAUAUCAGUUUACCCGAUAUCAAUGCGCGGAUGAAGAUGUUCAUGCUGGCCGUGGGCUCUACACCGUGCAAUUUGACGCAAGCUGACUACCGCCACUUGGCGGAGAUCAGUGCAGAGUAUUCGGGCAGUGACAUUAGUAUCGCAGUGCAGGACGCAUUGAUGCAGCCGAUCCGCAAGAUUCAAACGGCCACACAUUACAAGAAGGUUCUUGUCGACGACGCCGAGAAGCUCACUCCUUGCUCGCCCGGUGACAGCGGCGCAAUGGAAAUGAACUGGAUGGAGAUUGAUUCUGAUAAACUGUUGGAGCCACCGCUGGUGCUAAAAGACUUUAUCAAAGCUAUUCGAAAUUCGCGACCGACUGUCAGCAGAGAAGAUCUAGAGCGGAACUCCGAGUGGACUCAGCAGUUUGGCAGUGAGGGAUCAUAA